GGUAGAUGGAGACGUUAAACUUUCAGCAGAAGAAGUUCGACUUUGACGGGGUAGAUCCGGAGCUGGGGAUGCAUCUGCUGUCACUGCAUUGGAACCGGCAGCACCAUGCUUUCCUAAUCAUCUAUCAUCUGGCUUUUAUGCGAGACAUGGCUAGUUACUUCCCACGGAUGCGCGACCGGCUGUGAAUGGUCCGUGGAAACUCUACAUAGGAGUUUCAAGAUGAAGGGAUAUUGCUUGUUGCUUCGUCCUUUGCACUAGCGAAAAUAUAUCCUGGUAUG